UGUACUGUACGCUAGUAACGCGACUGGAAGCAGACGAAUGAAAGACGAAAAGGCGUAGGAAGGGAAGCAAAGCAAAGAAGCAGACCCAGACAAACGGGAUCGGUUUAAUUGGAAAGCAUACGUUACGAAACGCCUAGAAAUGCAUUCAGCUGGAGAAAGAAAAAGAAAUUCUAGGCAAGCUAGAGCUGCAAGAGUUUCGGAGACUGAAAGCGUGCCACCUCUUCAAGUCCAAGUUCCUGCCAUCCGAACUGCAAUGAGAGUGAGAAAUAAGUCAUACCUGAGAAAGAAGAGAAGAAUUAAUCCAUCUAGCUUCAAGGGGAAAGGUCAGGUUAAACUUUCCAUUGGAGCUGAAGAAGGUGCAGUCUUUGUCUAUAUUAUGGAAGCAAAAGGACUUAUGGGUAAAGAAUACAGAACUUGUGAUUCCUAUGUUAAGAUCUCUCUCGCACCUAAUUUAGACUGUACCAGUCGUCAAAAAACAAAGACCAUUGCAGAUUGUAAAAAUCCAGUAUUUCAUGAAAGAUUUGUGUUUCCAGUGGGUGACAAAGAUAACCACAAAAGGCUUUUAAUUACAGUCUGGAAUCGAAACAGAACUUCCAAAAAAAAUGAACUGCUUGGUUGCAUGAGUUUUGGAUUACGCUCUUUAAUUGCAUCAGAAAAGGAAAUCGGUGGAUGGUACUAUUUGCUGGGUGAAGAACUGGGAAGGACUAAGCAUUUAAAAGUGGCUACUCGACGCCUCAGGCACAAACAAGAAACAGCACUGCCAGGCCAUGUGUUACCAACUGAAAACAGAAGCCCUGAAAAUAUGGAGAAUUUAACUAUUACAAUAUUACGAGGAAAUGAUGGUUAUGGCUUUACAAUCUGCUGUGAUUCUCCAGUUCGAGUUCAGGCAGUAGAUCCUGGUGGUCCAGCAGAUCGAGCAGGAUUGCAGCAACUAGACACUAUUUUGCAGUUAAAUGGGCAGCACGUUGAACAUUAUAAGUGUGUUGAGCUUGCCCAUGCAAUAAGGAACUGCUUUAUUGAAAUCACUGUACUGGCAGGGAGAACAGUUCCUCAGAUUAAACCAGGAUUUGAAAAUCUUAUAAGGCAGCCAUCUCUUAAAACUAACUAUAAUCCUGGAUCGCCACCAAAUAAGCGAGAGAAGAAUCAUGUUCGCCAGCGCACCUUUGCCUCUCACAGGCAGAGCUGCCACAUAUUAUAUAAUACAUCUGAAGGAGCCACAUUGAAGAGCUUAAAGCAGCAGAAGAUGGCUGAGAACAAAGCUCGCACUUUACAGGGUCCAAGAACAACCUCUUCAGGAGACCAUAAUUACAUCAUUUUGACUCCAAUUAAUCCAGGAGCCAAGAUCUUGAGACCUGUUUUCCAAGAGAACCAUUCAACCCUAGGAACAGUAAGAGGUCAUCAGCAUGGUGGAUUGCAUAGAAGAUCAACUCUCUUAGGAUCAACUUCUGACACAAUCAGUUCUCAAGCACAUUCUAUGAAUAAUUAUGCCAACUACCAGAACUGCACCAUAGUGAGAUCUCAUAUUCCUCAUACCAGCUAUGGAACAUAUGUUACACUGUCUCCAAAGGUGUUAGUUUUCCCGGUCUUUGUACAGCCUUUGGAUCUUUGUAAUCCAGGCAGAUCCCUCAUGUUGUCAGAAGAGAUGCUUUUGCAUGAAAAUAUAAAUCAGAUUAAGAAGGUCACUGUUUUCAUAUACACUGAUCUGAUGCUCCUCACUUGUGAAGAUGAAUUUGGACGCUGCAAUGUUCUUCAAAAUCCGCUCUUUCUUUGCAAUCUCAAGGUGCAGGAAGAUUCGCCUGAGGACUUGAAAGUUUAUAUCUUGCAUGUCAGAGAGAAGUCGGAGAACCUGAUAAAUCUGGAAGCUUACACGGAAGAGCAGAAGAGAAGAGUGCAGCAGUGCCUGAAGGAGAGCAUUACAAAGCAGCACCUCAAAAGAAGUGAAUCUUCAGCAGAAGACAAAAUGCUUGAGCCCAAGGCAGAUGAGCCAGGCGAGAUGGCUCCUGAGGAGGAGGGGGUCAAAUUGACAGAAGGCAACAUAGAGGGACCCUCGACUGAGAAAUCUGAUUAUGAAAAUGUCGGAAAGAGUCCAGAUACCUUGCCCUUGAUGACAGAGCCCACCGAAAGCACAGAGAAUGCCUCAGAAAGCCUCCGAGAAACCAGUGAGAAGAAUUCAAAUGAUAAUCACGUCUCCAGGGCUUCAUUUGUUAUUCCUGAAGUGAGACUUGACCCGAUGUUCAGUCAAAAUUUUGACCCCAUACCGCUCAUGCAAGAUGGAGCAGCAGAGGAGGAUGAAGAGGAAGAAGAGGAUGAUGACGAGGACGAAGAGGAUGAUGAGGAAGAUGAUGAUGAAGACAAUGAGUUAAACUACUUAGAACGUAGUGACAGCAAGCGCCGGAGCAUGAUUGAGCAGUCUGCUUGUGAGAAACACUGUACGUUAAGUGUACAGAAUUCUUUGCGGCGCCGGACACACAGUGAGGGAAGUUUGUUACAAGAGCCCAAGUCUCAGUGCUUUACAUCUGACAAUGCCCUCCACUGCUUAGAACACGAAAGCACAAAGAGCGGCUGGGUUAUCCCGUCACCAAAGACUCUGAAAAAGGAACUUGCCAAAAAUGGAGGCUCAAUGCAUCAGCUAUAUCUUCUUUUUUCUGGGCGAAAGCUCAGCGGAGGUGAUUGUGGAUGUGAUUUAGGAACAGAAGGAACCAAAAAGAAGAAGGCUAAAAACUUGGCCAAAGACAUGAAGAAUCGCUUGGGCUUUCUAAGGAGGAGAAAUGAAUCUCCAGGCAGAAACCCAGGAAACAAGCUGGACAAAGUGAUGAAGGCUGUCAAGCCAACACCUGAAGAAGCACUUAAGUGGGGCGAAUCCCUUGAUAAACUCCUAGUUCAUAAAUAUGGCCUGGCUGCAUUCAGAGCAUUCCUGCGAACGGAGUUUAGUGAAGAGAACCUUGAAUUCUGGUUAGCUUGCGAAGACUACAAAAAGAUCAAGUCGCAGUCAAAACUGGCAUCCAAAGCGAAAAAAAUCUUUGCCGAAUAUAUCGCCAUUCAGUCUUGUAAAGAGGUGAAUCUCGACUCUUACACUAGAGAGCACACAAAGGACAACCUACAGAACAUCAAUCGGACUUGUUUUGACCUGGCACAGAAAAGGAUAUUUGGACUCAUGGAAAAAGACUCUUACCCUCGAUUCCUCCGAUCAGAGUUAUAUUCCGAUUUAAUUAACCAAAAGAAGCCAAGUCCGACGUCAGCAUGAAAUGACUGGCGCUAGCAUUUCAUUAUUCAACAAAGAGACUUGAAGCAGAUCGGAACUGGAUGUUUACAUGGAACUGCAUUGCAAAAUGCUCUCUGGUUUGAAAUGUGAAAAAUCAAAAAAUGGCAAGGGGGCUGCAUAUCAUUUUUACACACGUUACAGAAUGUGGAAGCCAUAUCUGUGGAGUAAGCGGCCAUCUGGAACAGAGCUGCUCGUAUGCACCAAGGGUGCGGGAGACCCCCCCAAAACAGUCUGGUACUGUCACCAACUGCUGGGUCUCCUUGACCCCACCCCCCAUGGUACGACAUGACGUGCUGACAGCAGAAGGCGCAAAUCCUGUAUGUACAAGCAGUGAGGAUGGCUGCCAGAACCCUGCUGGAGCGAGGACUUCGUUCGUUAUUACAAAGUUGUGGUUCCAGUUUUCUUCUUUUUUUUGUUUUCCUGCAUGAAAUUCCUCCACUUGACAAGUGACAACCCUUUUUUGUGGGGUUAGCGUCGUACAGGUUGUAUCUGUGGGGGAAAAAACAGCGGCUGAAUGGACCAAACUGUUCUUGUAGGGAAAGAAAAAAUACAAAGAAACGGAUGCUUCCUUCCCUUCUCCAAAGACUCGGAGCUUCAGGAGUUUCUUGUAGAAUCAAGCAGAUGACGGAGUAGCAUUCUCAGGGGAACACGGCACUCUGAAGCUUACAAGCUCUGGGUUUCUUUUGAUUUGAUUUGAUUUUUUAACUGCACUCCCCGACAAAUAGCGCUCUGUCCGUUAUGCUGUUGCCCUUUCCAUAAACUGCUUGACAUGGACGAGAACACUUUAUUUAUUGAACGCGACUUACUAUUGUUAAAUGCUUGAUGCAUUGAUGUCCAGUAAUAGCUUCCCUUGGAUUCUUAUCAUACUGUACUCAUUUUUAAGUGCAAUAUUGUGAAUAAGUUUCAUUUGAGCUAUUCGAUGAAUUGAGCUUUGUAUUAAUUGUAAUUUUAUUAGAAAUGUAAAAAAGAACAAAAAAUUAUCUGCUUUGAGACUCAAUUUAGAGGUUGAACAAGAACUUUACUUUUUCUUUUUUUUUAGUUCCCUGGCAGCAGGCAGCUGGGGCAAAAAUGAUGGACAUAAAGCCUCUGAGUGAAGCUUUUACAAAAAGUUUCCAAGCUAUCUUAACACGACAACGUGGAUAUAAAGCGUGUAAAUAGGAGAGAAGUAAAGCUAUAAGAGAAGGAGACAUGUAAUGUUCUAGCAGUGAGGAGCGGGUCGAUGGGGCCUCACUGGUCACACACACUGCUUGUGAGGACUUUUAAUAAAUGUAUUUUAGCAUUUUCACUGUUUACAAUUCAAGGCAUCUCCUGCAAUUGCAAACAAAGCCAUUUUGGUGUCAUUGCAAAAGGUUAAUAAAGGAAAACUGAUAAAGAA